AUGCUGCAAGUUCACAUCCCGUCGGUGGGGCCCGAAGCCGAGGGGCCCCGGCAGAGCCCGGAGAAAGGCCACGUGGUGUUCCGAGUGGAGGUGCAGUGCAGCGGGCGCAGACACACCGUGCUUCGGCGUUACAGCGAGUUCCACGCGCUGCACAAGCGGAUCAAGAAACUGUACAAAGUGCCGGACUUCCCCUCCAAACGCUUGGCCAACUGGAGGACCAGGGGCCUGGAGCAGCGGCGGCAGGGCCUGGAGGCCUAUAUCCAGGGCGUCCUGUACCUGAACCAGGAUGCGCCCAAGGAGUUACUGGAGUUCCUGAGGCUUCGGCACUUCCCCACGGACCCCAAGGCCAGCAGCUGGGGGUAUGGAGAGCCCGUGAUGGGGACCCUACUUCCUCCCAGCUCACAGCUGCACCACCGGCCUGUCAUCAGCUUCCGCCUGGAUCCCUACCUCUGUGCCCCCUCCCCAGAACCUCUGCCCAACAUGGUGGUGAGUGGUGUGCUCCAGGGACUCUAUGGCUUCAUCAUCAGCCCCACCUUGGCUCAGCCAAAAGCUGCCCGUCACCCUUCUGCUCUGCCGCCCACGCCUUGAGCAGCCACCUGCCGGGACAGUCGUGUGCCUCAGCCCCUGAGCUCUGUCUCAGGGACAUGGGCUGGUCCUCCUCUAGCCUGGACCUGGUGCAGGGGUCGGCCUGCACUGGCAGCUGGGGUGGGGAAUUCACGUGUUCCUGGAGCCAGGCGCGAGUGGCCAAUUUCGAGGUAGGCUGUGACAGGUCCAGGUGUGUCUGCACGUGGAGAAGCAGCGGGUAGUUUUGAAGCAAGGGGUGAACACCGUGCCUGCCCGCCUCUGUGGGAACAUCUGAAUGAAAGGGCCGGGCACCCACGGUGAGCGGGGAGUCCCCGCACGCCAAGAACCCAGCCCACACGCAGGUUAUAAA